AUGGACAAGAAACGAAGUCGUGAAGACUCUGACACUCACUAUAGUACCAAGGAAAAGAAAGUACGUCUUGACCCCAGAAUAAGUCAAACAUUGUACAUACAAAACCUUAAUGACAAAAUCAGCCCCGAAACGACCCGGGCAAAUCUCUAUUUGUUGUGCACCAGCUUUGGGGAUGUAAUUGACAUAAUUAUCAAACCAAAGAGCAAGCGAAUGAGGGGACAAGCUCACGUGGUAUUCAGCAAUAUCACAGAAGCCCAAGUGGCUCUCACCCGACUUCAGGAACAAAAGUUCUUUGGAAAGUCCAUAAAAGCAGCUUUUGCUCAUAAGAAGUCCAAGUUGAUCAAGCGUAUCGAGCUACAUGACCAACAAGAGGAAGUCUGA